UAAAGGGCGGCGGAGAGGCGCUGCGCCACCUCCUCACUGCGCGCCGGGCGGUUCGGAGGCAGCAGGAACAUCCCGAAGCGGUAAAGAUGGUGAAAGUCGGAGUCAAUGGAUUUGGCCGUAUCGGCCGCCUGGUUACCCGGGCUGCCGUCCUCUCUGGCAAAGUCCAAGUGGUGGCCAUCAACGAUCCCUUCAUUGAUCUGAACUACAUGGUUUACAUGUUCAAAUAUGACUCUACUCAUGGCCACUUCCGGGGCACUGUCAAGGCUGAGAAUGGAAAACUUGUCAUCAAUGGGAAUGCUAUCACUAUCUUCCAGGAGCGUGACCCCAGCAACAUCAAGUGGGCAGAUGCUGGUGCUGAAUAUGUUGUGGAGUCUACUGGUGUCUUCACCACCAUGGAGAAGGCCGGGGCUCACCUGAAGGGUGGUGCCAAGCGUGUGAUCAUCUCUGCCCCCUCUGCUGAUGCUCCCAUGUUCGUGAUGGGUGUCAACCAUGAGAAGUAUGACAAGUCUCUGAAAAUUGUCAGCAAUGCUUCCUGCACUACUAACUGCCUGGCACCCUUGGCCAAGGUCAUCCAUGACAACUUCGGCAUUGUGGAGGGUCUCAUGACCACUGUCCAUGCCAUCACAGCCACACAGAAGACAGUGGAUGGGCCUUCUGGGAAGCUUUGGAGAGAUGGCAGAGGUGCUGCUCAGAACAUUAUCCCAGCAUCUACUGGAGCUGCUAAGGCUGUGGGAAAAGUCAUUCCUGAGCUCAAUGGGAAACUUACUGGAAUGGCUUUCCGUGUGCCAACCCCUAAUGUCUCUGUUGUGGACCUGACCUGCCGUCUGGAGAAGCCAGCCAAGUACGAUGACAUCAAGAGGGUAGUGAAGGCUGCUGCUGAUGGGCCCCUGAAGGGCAUCCUGGCAUACACAGAGGACCAGGUUGUCUCCUGUGACUUCAAUGGUGAUAGCCAUUCCUCCACCUUUGAUGCAGGUGCUGGCAUUGCACUGAACGACCAUUUUGUCAAGCUGGUUUCCUGGUAG